GUUUAUAAACGGUAUAUAUAUAUAUAUAUAUUUUAUUGGUUGAAACGCAACUAAAGAGGCGGUACAGUGUUGUUGUUGCGGUGUUAGUAGGAAAAGUGAAUAAGUCGACGUUUAAAAAUAGAUCAAGAUCCAUAAGUUAGUAUUAAAAAAAAAAACGGAUAUUAUUGCGUGAUUAUUAUCUAUUAUCUAAUCGUGGGAGAAGAAGGCGUCCGAUUUCAGCCGCUACUAAAUCCCUUUUUGGGUUAAAAGAUGAGUAGCCAGUACCAGCGCAGUAUUCCGUUUGAGGUCAGAAGAAGGGAGGGGGAGACUGUUCGUGCCAAAUAUCCCAACAAAAUUCCGAUCAUUGUAGAGAGAGCUGCAAGAUCACAAGUUCCUGAACUUGAACAAAAUAAAUACCUCGUUCCCUCAGAUCUGACAGUGGGCCAGCUGUUUUUCCUCAUCAGACUGCGAGUGUCCAUGAGGCCAGAAGAAGCGCUUUUCUUCUUUGUGAAAAACUCUAUUCCUCCCUCCAGUUCCCCUCUUGCUGCUGUGUAUGAGGAGCACCACGAGGAGGACCUGUUCCUGUAUAUAACCUACAGCAAUGAGAGUGUGUAUGGUGCCUGAGAGGAUGAAGAGUGCUGGGGUGGGAACGGAUGAAUUAGAGAACAGAGCAUGAGAAAGAGGGAGGGAUAGAGGGAAGGAGGGAAGAGAUGGAAAUCAAAAAGAUGGGAGAGGUGAUAACUGUUUUUACCACUAUGCUGAAUAACAGUAAGCUCAAAUAUGCAUUGUAUAGCAGUGUGUUCGUGUCUAUAUGGGGGGGACAUCCAGGUGUUUUUACAGCUAUGGGAGUAGAGUAUUCUGACUUUGAAUUAAGAUGGAGUGAGAAAGUAUCAGAGGACAAAAGGCCGGAAAGGGGACCUUGAAAAAAGAGAGGAUAAAGUUUUCCCACAUUUCCAUGACUCUUUCCUUGGAGUACCUUGGACUCAUCUGUAUUUAAUGCAAAUAGUAUUUUUUGUAAAGAUUUAUGAUACAUUUUGUGAAAAAUUAAAAAAAAAAAACUACUCGAUUUUGAA